AUGGCAGACAAGCCUGACAUGGGGGAAAUCGCCAGCUUCGAUAAGGCCAAGCUGAAGAAGACCGAGACGCAGGAGAAUACCCUGCCGACCAAAGAGACCAUCGAGCAAGAGAAGCGAAGUGAGAUGUCCUGGGAUCCUGCAGUGGUCUCCGCCCUCGUCAUGUGCGACACCCUAGUCGUGAUGUGGAGGAAGAGCCACCUGCAGGAUGGGCACGAGCGACGAGCUGCACUAAAAGAGGCGGCCGAGGAGAGCAGAAGCAUUUCUCCCCAGGCUGGGUGUGGGUCCGGAGCCAGGCGCGCUUCCGCGGGAGAGGGGAAGAGUCAGGUGGCAGCAGCGCGGGAGCCGGAGCGGUGUGGAGGGGGCGCGUGCGGGGUGCGCCUCCCUCCGGCCGACGCGGGGAGGGCGGCCCGCGCACGCGAGUCCGCGGCCCAGGGCUCCCGCGCUGCGAUCCGCGGGCGCGCCGGGGGCGCCCCAUCUGCCGCGUCUCCUCCCUCGCGCAUUCACUCCCUCCUCUCACCCCCGCCCCCAGCCCCUGGCAGGUCCCUCCCCCAUGCCUGCUCGGGCUGCUGCCGCCGCCGCCGCUACCGGAGGCGCAGGAGCCUCGCGAUAGUGUUUGCACAGGCGGCGCGUGACGCCGCCGCCGCCUGUAACUGA